AAUGAAGAAGAAUUCCAACUUUUGCAGGAUUUCAGGCUGGAAAAGCUGGGUAGCAGCAGAAGCUCGCUGCGUUAGCUGCCUAGCCAGAGUUUGUUUUGGAGCUGCGCGCAAUCUCGGCAAUUACUAAAACCUAGGUUAUCUUUUUUACAUUAUAAUAUUGUUCCGCAGAAGUAUUAAAAGCUGGACAAAUCUACAAGAAAGAAGAGAGUGACGCUGUCCUUGCGAUACAGACGACGGCUGCAGUCGCUGAGGGCGCGGCCGAGGCCGGGGAAGCGUCGGGCGGCCCAGCGACCCGUCGCCAUGGAGGGCGGCAUGCAGCUGCUGAGCCGCGACGCCCACGGCGUGUCCCACAAUUCCAAGCGGCACUACCACGACUCCUUCGUCUCCAUGAACCGCAUGCGGCAGCGCGGCCUGCUCUGCGACAUCGCCCUGCUCGUGGGCGCCAAGGAGAUCCGCGCGCACAAGGUGGUGCUGGCCUCCUGCAGCCCCUACUUCCACGCCAUGUUCACAAAUGAGAUGUCAGAGAGCCAGCAGACCCACGUGACCCUGCAUGAUAUAGACCCCCAGGCCCUGGAGCAGCUGGUGCAGUACGCCUACACAGCGGAGAUCGUGGUGGGGGAGGGCAACGUUCAGACGCUCCUCCCUGCCGCCAGCCUCCUGCAGCUGAACGGGGUGCGGGACGCCUGCUGCAAGUUCCUCCUGAGCCAGCUGGACCCGUCCAACUGCCUGGGCAUCCGCGGCUUCGCCGACACGCACUCCUGCAGCGACCUGCUCAAGUCCGCGCACAAGUACGUCCUGCAGCACUUCGUGGAGGUGUCCAAGACCGAGGAGUUCAUGCUGCUGCCUCUCAAACAGGUGCUGGACCUGGUCUCCAGCGACAGCCUGAACGUCCCGUCGGAGGAGGAGGUGUACAAGGCCGUGCUCAGCUGGAUCAAGCACGACACAGACGGGCGUCGGCAGCACGUGCCCAGGCUGAUGAAGUGCGUGCGGCUGCCGCUGCUGACGCGGGACUUCCUGAUGAGUCACGUGGACACGGAGCUGCUGGUCCGGCACCAGUCCGAGUGCAAGGACCUGCUGAUCGAGGCGCUCAAGUACCACCUGAUGCCCGAGCAGCGGGGCGCGCUGAGCAACAGCCGCACCCGCCCGCGCCGCUGCGAGGGGGCCUGCCCCGUGCUCUUCUCCGUCGGAGGGGGAAGCCUGUUCGCCAUCCACGGCGACUGCGAGGCCUACGACACGCGGACCGAUCGCUGGCACAUGGUGGCGUCCAUGUCCGCGCGGCGGGCGCGGGUGGGCGUGGCCGCCAUCGGAAACAAGCUCUACGCGGUCGGAGGGUACGACGGCACGUCUGAUCUGGCCACCGUGGAGUCGUACGAACCCGUGACCAACUGCUGGCAGGUGGAGGUUUCCAUGGGAACGCGCCGCAGCUGCCUGGGCGUGGCCGUCCUCCACGGCCUGCUGUACGCCGCCGGCGGCUACGACGGAGCUUCCUGUCUGAACAGCGCUGAGAGGUUCGACCCCCUGACCGGCUCCUGGACCUCCGUUUCAGCCAUGAGCACCCGGAGGAGAUACGUGCGCGUGGCCACGCUCGAUGGCUGUCUCUAUGCAGUGGGCGGAUAUGACAGCUCCUCACACUUAGCCACGGUGGAGAAAUACGACCCGCAGACUAACAGCUGGAGCGCCAUCGCCAGCAUGCUGAGUCGGCGGAGCAGCGCGGGCGUGGCCGUGCUGGAGGGGAUGCUCUACGUCGCCGGCGGCAACGACGGGACCAGCUGCCUCAACUCGGUGGAGAGGUACAACCCGAAGACCAACGCGUGGGAGGGCGUGGCGGCCAUGAACAUCCGCAGGAGCACGCACGACCUGGUGGCGAUGGACGGCUGGCUGUACGCGGUGGGCGGGAACGACGGCAGCUCCAGCCUCAACUCCAUGGAGAAGUACAGCCCGCGCAGCAACAAGUGGGCGGCGGCCUCCUGCAUGUUCACCCGCCGCAGCAGCGUGGGCGUGGCCGUGCUGGAGCUGCUCAACUUCCCCCCGCCCUCCUCCCCCGCCCUGUCCGUCUCCUCCACCAGCCUGUGACAGAGAGCCCCGCCCAGC